AUGCGGCUCAUAACCGCAGGCUUAUUAAUCCAACCGCUGGUGGUCCUCGCUGCCGUCCAAGUUUUUCUAUACCCCUCUUCACCUACCUCGCAACACAAACAUGCCCCGACUCUCACCCCUUCUCAAGCCAAUGCCGUCCUCUCUCAUCACUUACAUCAACCCAUCGACGAUUUUGACGAGAUACCACAGGAUGAGAGUCUUUGGGGACAUCUUGUAAGCAUGUGGCAUGGUGAUCAUGAGAAUGGAAAUGCCAGGGUGAUCAUUAUCGAUGGAGGAGUUGAACCUCAAGACGUCCUCCCUACUACCCUUCCCAAAACACCCAGCUUCUACCUUCCUGAUGACUCGAGCACAAGAUCGCUACUAGCACCUUAUCUUCGACGGGCGGAAGAUUACCUCUCACACAUGUUGGAGAAACUCCCUGCAUUGGCCAAAUCUUUCAAGGAUAUCUUCGAAAUGGCCGGUACGAAAGCUGCCGCUUUACUAGGAGAUGAACUAUCAUGCCUUACCGCACUCGCUGAUUCUUUACCAUGGACGGGCACCUCAGAGUCAGAGUCUUACGAAGCUAUCUCGAUCACUGGUUUGAAGGGCGUACAACAAGGAGGAGAAGUUUGGGAAACAGGAAGACAAGGUUUGAAAGCUGGUCUUGAAGCUAUGACACAACCUGAUUCACCCCCUUUACUACUCAUAAUCAUGCCCUCCACUCCUAUCUCCGCACGCUCAAAUUAUCGUACACCUCAGCGUAGAGACAACACCUCCUUGGCGGAUCCAUGUUACGCUUCCAACGAGACCUGCUCAGAGACGACUUCCUGCAACGGUCGUGGUGCUUGUGCUUUGAAGGCCAAAACGGUCGAUGGGGAAUGUUGGGGCUGCAAGUGUACCAGUGGAUAUGCGGGGGUGGAAUGUCAGAAGGACGAUUAUUCCGUACCUUUCGCUAUAUUGGUGGUAUCGACGGUAAUGUUGUUCUUGAUGGUUGUAGGUAGCGUGUCGUUGUUAGCUUCGGUGGGAGAGACCAAGCUACCUUCUACGCUGAAUCUGUCAGUCAGUGGGAAUUCAAAGAGAGAUUGA